GCUGAUGCAACUGUGCUACACACGCGUAUAAAUACUGCGCGAGAGAAGCAACGAGACCGUUUCAACUUCUAGCUGGCAUACAUGGAAGGUACAACAAACUCUUUUGCUAAGGCGGCUGCCGAAAUUUCCGAGAAUUACGAGCAGACAAUCCUAGAAUGGUCUAUACCCAGGCACUGGUUUUUGGAUGCGGAAUAUCCAUUAAACCCGAAGAGGAUAACCUAGCCGGAAUGUUGAAAAAUGUUGUUAAACACUUCAGAUCUGGUAAAGAAAGCUUUGGAGCACCUGGCACGCUGAGGAAGGCGAUGAGCUCUUCAAGCCUCGGAUCCGAGUGUAGCUUGGAGGAAGAAGACACGGGUCUUCACCACGAUUUGAUCAAGCGAAUCGAGAAGUGUCUCACUAUUGCAAAGAAAGCGAGUUUGCAGUGCCACGAGCUCCACCUUCCCGCGCGGAUGACCGCGCGAGUGGCCGCCGACAUAAUCCGGGCGUCGGUAGACGAGCCCUGCGGACUACGGGGCGCCCUUAUUCACCUCUUCAUGGAAAACGAGCGUAUCUUACAGACGUUGGGGACCGUGACACCCGCCCAGAGCCUUACCCCAACCUUCGAGCUGUCCGUGGUCUUCAGACUCGAUAGGGAUGGAUGGCACUUCUUUGGCAACGGCAAAGUUUUGAGGCUUCGACCCGAGUACCGGCUCGUGAAGAGGAAGCUUUAUUCGAGCGCCAGCCCCACCGUGAUGGAGGGCUACUGAGACGAUCACGUGAUUUGGGGGGGGGGGGGGGGAGACUGAUUACAGUCGGUGAAAGUAUAUAUGCAUCACUGUUUGACGUUUGAGCUGUUUUGUGUGUAAACAUGCUGUACACUAUGUAAUUCUGUUCAGUCACGCUUCUUUCCACCAUGUAAAUUGUGCUGGACUUUCUGGAAUGUGGAAAGGUGUUGAAGGGGAGCUAGCCUCUCAGUAACCGUGUCUUGUAUUAUUACUUGUACAUUAAACAUUUUAACUGUCAGACAACGUAAA